GACUCCUUUCCUCCGCCCUUCAUCCUCCCGGCGGUCGUCGCGACCUCCUGUCUGGCUUGUUCGGUUCCUAAGGCACCAUCCCACUCAUAGUCCCUCCUUUUUGCCUCGCUGCACUUAACUCGAGCCUGUCCAUCUUCCGACACCUCGCACCUACCUGCCACAGCAGCUCUAUCACCUCUUGCCAGCGACCUCAACAAGCUAGUCAUGUCCAGCAAAGACUACGAGAAGGCCUUGUCCUCUGACGAGCAGAGUGGCUCUCAGAUGCUUGCAGUCCACGAAGAGAAGACCUCUAACGACCCACUGCCGUCGCCCGUUACUGCGCAGGCCGCCCGGCCAGCCAACAAGCCGAAGCUCUCUGCAGCAGCUAUCAUUCCUAUUUGGAUCAUCCUCAGCUCGACUGUCAUCAUCUACAAUAACUACGUGUACAAUACGCUACAGUUCCGAUUCCCCGUGUUCCUGGUGACAUGGCACCUUACGUUCGCGGCAAUCGGCACCCGUGUCCUACAACGCACGACACACCUCCUUGACGGCGCUAAGGACAUCCACGUCUCGAAAGAUCUGUUCGUCCGCUCCAUACUACCCAUCGGCAUCCUCUUCAGCGCUUCCCUCAUUCUGAGCAACACUGCAUACCUGUACUUGAGCGUGGCGUACAUCCAGAUGCUCAAGGCCUUCGUGCCCGUCGCGAUCCUGCUCAUCUCAUGGAUCUUCCGGAUUGCAGAGCCCAACAAGAAGCUAGCCGUCAUCGUCAUCAUGAUCUCGUCAGGCGUAGCGCUUGCUUCGCAGGGCGAGCUCAAGUUCAACCUCGUUGGAUUCCUCACGCAGGCCGCUGCCGUCGUGUUCGAGGCAUCGCGCCUGGUCAUGAUACAGAUUCUUCUGCACAGCCUCAAGAUGGACCCGCUUGUGUCGCUGCACUACUAUGCCCCCGUGUGCGCCGUCAUCAACCUCGCCGUGCUCCCGUUCACGGAAGGUCUCGCGCCCUUCUACGAAGUGCUCCGCAUCGGACCACUGAUCCUGAUAAGCAACGCAGCGAUUGCGUUCCUCUUGAACGUCGCGGCCGUGUUCCUCGUCGGUGCAGGCAGCGGCCUCGUACUCACGCUCGCGGGCGUCUUCAAGGACAUCCUGCUCAUCUCCGGCUCCGUCCUCAUCUUCGGCACGCCGAUCACGCCGCUCCAGGUGUUCGGCUACUCCAUCGCGCUCGGCGGCCUCGUCCUCUACAAGACGUCCGGCAGCAAGUAGAACGCCGCAUUCACCCCGGAAUCGAACCUCCCCCACCGGUACCCAAGACCCGAGUCUUGGUUCGGCGUAGCAUACGUACGUGUGAUUGUUCAGUGGAUAUUUGAAUACCAAUCUCGAACGAUAUGUCCCUCCCUUGUCAUCUUGGGUCCGUGCGCUCCUUUGUACAUAUGUAAUGGCGUUAGACGGCGAUGCUGGCUUCUUCUCUGGACAAUGCCUCCCCCCCUUUUGUAGAGCAUCCCUAUUACAGUACUGCAAUCCAUCCGUAGACUCGUCGUGUGUGGAGCUUGAGCGCCUAUUCAUACCCACAGGGAGUUGAGUGCGCUGAGUGCCGAGUGUUUGUCGUGGUUCGAUCACUAGGACGUUUUGACCAUCUGUGUGAUUUGCUUGCAUUACCGG